AUGGCGUCUGACGCUACAAUCCAACAAAUGGUGGCCGCUUCAAUCUUCUUGAUUGUGCUGGCAGCCACUUGUGUAAUAAUACGCUUUGGAGUAUCUCUUAAGAAUGCAUCAACAUUGUACGCAGACGAUGUAAUGUCAAUCGUGGCCCUAGGGCUAUUAAUCGCUUCUUUUGUGACAGACUACCUGGGGAUCGAAGCAAACAAGGAGCUGACAGAAGGACAUACCGAGUCUGACCCGACACCUUUGAUCCUUCUCAUUUACAGGCUUGGAGCAGCUGUCAGCAUUUGCUCUGGUCUCGUGAGCUGGGCAUCCAAAGCCCCUAUUCCGCUUCUCUUGAUCCGUCUCUUUGGGAUAAAAAGAUGGCUACGACUUACAGCUAUUAUUGCUCUCACGACAACCGGCAUUGCCAUACUGGUCACGACGGCAUGGUCCGCUGCUGCGUGUGACUCGCAUGGCACAUACACUACCGAGUUUGCCAGCAAGUGCUUCAAGGACGGAGGUACAGGAGGCGUCAUCAAUGGAGUCUUCUCUCUUGCUUUGUAUGUGCGACUUGCGGGCCAGAAUGCUUCGGUUUUGGUGAACGAGUAG